GCACGGGGGAUCGGACGUUUUCGCAUUUGGCAAUGACUUGUGCCAAGGUCUAUUCUGAGACCAAUUCCUUGGACGAGGCUUGCCCUUGGGCCUUUCACGUGCGUCGUGUUUUAGAGCCCAAGAAGGUCCCAUGCGAUGCUGGUGUUGAAGCGUCACCUUUGGUGAACCUGUGGCCCUUGCAGAGGCACACUGAAGUCCAGGCGCAGGUGCCGUCUGCUGCCCUGCAAAAUCUGGAAGAUGGGCCCUACUUCGUUGUGCUCGGUUUCCUGGAUGCCAAUAGUUUGGCUGCGGCAGAUGCUGCAUGUCAAACCUUCAGGACUCUGAACAUGCUAGCUGGUGGACCUUGGCAAGAUCUUGGCACUGAACUGUUCCGAGGCUUAGAACUGGAAGACGAAGGCACCUUUCAAGGCGAGGGUUGUGCAGACCCUGACUGUGCGGCACGAGUGGAUUGGCGCGGGCGCUUCGCACGCUUUCGUUGGGCCUUGCCCAGCUUCCGUGCCCCUUUUAAUGGUCCAGAGAUUCACUGCGUGGAGCAGGCGGAUGAGAUUGCCUACUGCCGGUGUCGUUUGCGAGCUGACAUCCUGUCGCGACAACUGAACACCGGCAUCUAUUUGGAGGUGGAGGUGAUCACCAACCCCGACAACGUGAGUGUGGCCGUGGUGGACUUUGAGGCAGGUGGUUGCAGCAGUGUCACCUUCAGUCCCGACACCGGCGCCGUCAUCCGAGAGCGCAAGGUACGCGAGGUGCCUCGCAAAGUGGAAGGCGCCUACAUCCAACCCUUGGCGACCAUCACUGCUGGUCAAGGCUUUGAGGGUUGUAUGGGUGUAUACUUGAGCGGUGGAAAUUUAGCCUUCUUCAGGAGACACUACAGACACAGCGAUGACAACCAGGUGAGCCUGGGGCCUUGGGAGACCACUGGCUUCGUCACAGAUCUUUCUUGGGCCGAAGGGGCCCGCCUGACACCUUGCUUGGCCUUCAGAAACGAAGGCAGCUAUCGGGUGCGCAUGGUGUGUGUGGGCCACUCACCGCCAAUCCUGCCGGAGAAGAACACGGCAGCUUUCGAGGAAGGAAAUUGGAGCAGCCUGGAUUGGGAUGCCACAGAACAGGAUGCAGAGCUUUGAGGGUUCCCAGCUGUUGGCAGCGCAAUCGCCCUUUGAAAGGGUGCCUGUGCGCUGUGCGCUGUGCAGCUGCCCUCUGAGAAGCUGAGAGAUUUUUGGACAUCAACGUUUUAUCACAAAGGGGAACCUGCCCCAACAUGACGUUCUUU